AUGAGCAGAUGGACAAGCAAGCGCGGAGAGAGGCACCUUGCACAAAAGCCCACGCUGCACCCGCUGCGCUUCGGCAGAGUCUGGUUGGUGGUGCAGCACCGAAUCCUCAACCUGCGGUCUGUAGGAUCUGCAAAUUAUCACAAACUAUCACAACAGCUGCUCCGAGGGCGAUCCAAAUCCAAACUCCGAUCCAGCAACGAGGCACAAAAGGGCCCUUACGGUUUGCAAGCCAAAACAUGGCCAAAAGUGACACAAAAGACCAACACAAAACUCACACACCGACACACGACCCUCAAACCGGCACCCUAA